CAGAGGGUUAACAGUAAACAAAAUAAUAUCACUUCACUACUUUACAUGUGUUUAUAGUAAUAUUAACUUUAAACCACUCAACAUGGACGCAGUAAAUCUAUAACACUGACCCUUCCUUCGACAUUUCACUGUUUUGAGAAACGUUACGGUUUUGAACUCGGCAUUAAUGGCGGACAGGAAGUAGGGACCCUAGUUAGGGCACAAGUGCGCGGAUUGGAACACAGCCUCAGUAAUCCGGUAGAGAGGAAGCAAAACGUCCGGGCUCGGGGAUGAUGGUGUCUCACUUUUACUGAUGACUGAUGUGUGUGUGUGUGCAGUGCUCAGACACUGAACACAAUGGAGGACUCGUCCAAAGAAGAUUACAAGAUCCAUUCCUUCGACCCAGAGACACAGAAACUGCUUAAAACAGCUCUUAAAGAUCCAGGUUUGGUGGAUUUGGAGACGGUGUGUAACGUCAUUGUGGACCAGUCGUUGAAGGAUCAGGUGUUCAGCAAAGAGGCCGGACGCAUGUGUUACACGAUCGUCCAGGCGGAGUUGAAGCAGAUCAACAGCAGCGUGUUUCGUCGUCACCUCUUGAACCGGCUGCAACAGGAGUUCAAGAGCCGAGAGGAGAUGAGGAAGAGAUCCACACAGGAGUGGGUGUGUUACGUCUCCUUCAUCUGUAACAUCUUCGAUUACCUCAAGGUGAACAACAUGCCGAUGAUGGCGCUGGUUCACCCGGUGUACGACUGUCUGAUGAGACUCGCCCAACCAGACGCACUCAAAAACGAAGAGGAGGUGGACUGCCUGGUGCUGCAGCUGCAUCGUAUCGGUGAUCAGCUGGAGAAGGCGAACGCAGAGCGCAUGGACGAGCUCUUCUUCCUGCUGCGCGACGGCUUCCUGCUGCAGCACGGCCUCAGCUCGCUCGCACGCCUCCUCCUGCUCGAAAUCCUCGAGUUCCGCGCCGGAGACUGGAGCCUCAGCGAAGCGGCUCAGAAGUACUACUACAGUGAACUGCACGACUGACUGCCUGACGUCUCGACCAAUCAGCAGCGAGAACGCUGUUCAUUCCUCCAGGCCAUUUAGAAACGUGUGUUAAGACUGGACUUGUUUAUUCUUCAUGGGUAAAGACACAAGAAAUGAACAAGCGCCUUCUACGAGUUCAUUUCUGGGCUUCGUUCCAAACCUCUAAACUCAGGUACAUCACGCUGAGUGUUGAUUAGCAUGGGAGUGGAAGAGUGGAAGAGUGUGAAAGUCUACAGGCUUCAGUAGAGUGAUUUUAGGAUGAUGAAUGACAUGAGUGGGGACUGGGCCUGAAAAUCAGUGUGUCUUGUUCUCUAGGGAUCUAAAGAUGAAUUGAUAAAAAUGUCAAUUUGCAUAAAGUCAUCAUCAUGUGGCUGUGAGUAAAACCUGACUUGAAGCAUAAAGGAUAUGCAGUGUGUCUCAGUGAUGUCAUACUCGAGUUCUGGACUUUCUAUCACUCGUAACUUGACUUGGAGUUUGGACUCGAUUUGAGUAGAAGCGUCAGGACUUUGGAUUUGACUUGGACUCGAUUUGAGUAGAAGCAUCAGGACUUUGGAUUUGACUUGGACUCGAUUUGAGUAGAAGCAUCAGGACUUUGGAAUUGACUUGGACUCGAUUUGAGUAGUAGUCUAGGGAAUUCAACUCGGUUUAAGUAGCAGCCGAGAGACUUUGGCCAUGACUUAGACUUGAUUCGAGUAGCAAACUAGGGGGCUUGACAUGGACUUGACUUUUGAAUAAUAGUCUUGGGACUUUGAACUCAAUUUGAUUAACAGCGUAUUGACUUGGACCUGACUUUCGAGCAGCAGCCUAGGCACUUUGGACUUGAUGUGAGUAGCAAACUAGGGAUUUUGUACUUUUGAGUAGCAGCCUUAGGACUCAUGACUAUUGCUUUAUACUUGACUUGGACUUGACAGUAAGUUACUUGACUACAACGCUUAUAUUGAGAGCUUAUUAUUUAGCAGCAAUAAGACCAAAGCAGAGAUGAUUUUCUGAUUAUUAUGCUUUAAACUUGGGAGUUGAAUAGGAUCUCCAGCACGGUGCUAACGCAGCGACUCCGUAUCAUAUUCCUUUUCAAAGGAUUGAAAGAAAAAGAAGCUUUUAUAAGUUAUUGUGAUGACAUUAAAAUAAGUUAUUUAUACAGGAAAUACAGACCAGUCUGAUCUUUUUACCCAAAAUAUUGGAUUUUCAACUCUUCUACACUGAUGUGUUUGUGAGGAGGCUGCCUGUGUAGGCUCCAUCAGAUAAAGUUUGUCCUGUACUGAGUUCUGGACAAAUUUGGAGCAACAUCGCACCGUCACAACAUCAUGUGCUUCUCAGUCUGAAUAAAACAAUGAGAAAAGAAGGAAUCUCUAUUGAAAUACAAUAUGGUGAUCUCAUAAACCGUAACCAUAACGGUUAGAUGAUUGUUGUGGUGUGAAACUUUGACAUUUUGUUUACCAAAGUUGUAAGAUUUGCCUUUAAACUCCAAUAAAAAUCUACACAAACUUGAA